AUGGCGUCCGCGGCAGUUGUAGCGCCGACGUCGUCGUCGGUGUCGCCCACGGAUCCGGAGAAAGAGCUAGUCGUGGAAGAUGCAACCAAAGAGAUCAAGAAGAGUGUUGUGUCAAGCGGGCUGGAAGAAAAGUUGCUGAAACAUUCACAUGAUGCCGACACAGCUAUGAAGGCGUUUGAAGGCAUGGAGGGCCAAGUCAUUGAAUUGAGCGAGGAGAAGAGUAAAGCUCUACUCAGGAAAAUCGAUAUGCAUUUGAUGCCGAUCAUGUGUAUCGUAUACGGCUUGAACUAUCUCGACAAAACCACGUUAUCCUACGCCAGCAUCAUGGGCCUCAAGCUCCCGCCAUCGAGUAACCCGCUGCAUUCGGGAAUCGGGCUUGUAGGCGACCAGUACUCCUGGCUUGGAAGCAUGUUUUACUUUGGCUACAUUGCCUGGGAGUAUCCCACGUCGCGACUUUUGCAAGUGCUGCCCUUGGGAAAAUACUCCGCCUUCAAUAUUAUCAUGUGGGGCAUCGUCCUCUCGUGCUUCGCCGCAGUGAACAACUACGCCGGCGCCAUCGCCAUCCGUUUCUUCCUCGGCCUCUUCGAAUCUGCCGUAACCCCCGGCUUCACGCUCUUCACCUCGCAAUGGUACACGAAAAAGGAGCAGGGCUCACGAACAGCAAUCUGGUUCAGUUUCAACGGCUUUGCCCAGCUCUUCGGCGGCUGCCUCGCCUACGGCAUCGCUGUCGGCUGCCGCAAAUACGGCACUUCCAUCGAGCCCUGGAAAAUCGUCUUUCUCGUCACCGGCCUCCUGACAACAACCCUUGGAAUCGCCUUCCUGUGGAUCGUCCCGGACAACCAGCUCAACUGCAGGUGGCUGAGCAAGGAAGACCGCGUGCUGGCUAUCGAGCGCAUCAGAGUGAAUGCCCAGGGUGUGGGCAACAAGCAUUUCAAGUGGUACCAGUUGAAAGAGGCGUUGCUGGAUCCGUUGAGCUGGGCAUUUUUCUUCUACGCGCUUAUUGCGGAUAUUCCGAAUGGCGGCAUAACAAACUUCUUCUCGCAGCUCAUCGUCGGCUUCGGCUACACGCCCGAGCAAUCGCUGCUGUACGGGACGCCCGGCGGCGCCGUCGAAGUCGUUGCGCUAAUUGCAUGCGGCUGGGCCGGCGACAGAUACGGCUACCGAAUUCUAAUCUCCAUGAUUGGGCUGUGCGUGGCGAUUCUCGGCAUGGUGCUGAUUGUCGCGCUGCCGCUGUCCAACAACCACGGCCGACUCGCGGGUUACUAUCUCACCCAGGCCAGUCCAACCCCGUUCGUCGCUAUCCUCAGCUUGAUCUCGAGUAAUGUCGCGGGAUACACCAAGAAGACUACUGUUGCGGCUAUGUAUCUGAUUGGGUAUUGUGUGGGCAAUAUCAUUGGCCCCCAGACUUUCCGCGCCAGUGACGCCCCCCGCUACGUCCCAGCCGAAGUCACAAUCAUCGUGUGCUGGAGCGUUUGCCUGGGCAUCAUGGCAUUCGUCCAUUUCUACUGCGUGUGGCAGAACAAGAAGAAAGCGCAGAUUAGGGCGUCGCCGGAAUACGUGAGGCUCGAGAACCAAGAAUGGCUCGAUCUGACCGACAGAGAGAACCCAGAGUUUGUCUACACACUUUAGGAUAAUUGCAUGUUCUUUUUUCUUGGCUUUCGAUUGUCGGAAAAUUUGCUUCGUCUAUUCAAGUUGACAAUUCAUGUUAUGCAUACUUCAGAAUUCUCCAAUCCUCGAUAACCAAAAAAAAUAAUCACCCCCUUAAAAGAAGGGGAAGAAGAAGAAAAGAAGAAAGAAAAAACAUGCGUCGUGUGCUUGAACUCCUCCUCCUAUUUCUCCCAUCCCCCAUUCCGCAAAUCCUUGUUUCUUUCUCACUUUUUUUCUCGAUUCACUUCACUUCACUUCAUUUCGUUUCAUUUCAUCCAUUCAUUGCCCCCCCCCC